AUGAGCGUGGCCACUCUCAUUUCCUCCUGCCAGCGAGGACAGGUGGGGGUGUCAGCUGCAUGGGCCCCGCCGCAGUUGACGCAGCUGGGGCUUGCAGCUCUCCGCCUCCAGGUGUUGGCGGCCGCAGCGGAUGCACGCUCCCGUGCGCUGACAUGCCUCGGCGACGUGGCCGAAGCGGCCGCACUGCUGGCACUGGAGUGGUCGCGGUCUCACAUGUCGCACACGCAACCGCAGGCCAAACAACACGACUCGUUCAGGCGGGAGCGGUUCGGCGAAUCUGUGCGGGACUCAUUGACCACGAGACUUGUCAAACCGCAAAGCGUCACGAUCAGGGGCGCCCAUGGCCCAUUGUCUGCGAACUACCCAGCCGAAGUCGAGUGCGAAGCAGUGGGCUCGAGACCGGCGGCAAACCUGACGUGGGACCUCGACGGCGUGCCGCUAACAUCGAGCGCCUUGCAAGAUGGUGGUCAACCCAAAGCGGCUGCCAACGACAUCAGUGUCAGUGUUGUAAGGUUCACACCGUCCGCCAGCCAUAACGGCAGACCGCUACGCUGCCAUGCUGCCAACCCCGAGAUGCCGGAUGACGCGAUUGAGGACUCGUGGACACUGGACGUUCACUACAAGCCGAAGGUGCAGUUGACGUUGGGCAGCCAUCCGAGGCAGUGGAAUAUUGUUGAAGGGCACGACCUGUACUUGGAGUGCCGAGUCGACGCCAACCCCCGAAUCGGAGACGUGGUGUGGCGUCUCGAUGGGAAGGACUUGUCUCCGGGCCGCCAUGUCAUCAUGAGCAACCAGUCGCUGGUGCUGCAGCGCGUCCACCGUGACAGCUCAGGCACCUACACUUGCGUCGCCUCCAACAGAAUCGGCGAAACAGAAAGCGAGCCACUCGAAAUCACCGUGAAACAUGCUCCUGCCUGUAACCAAUCACAGACGACUGUCUAUGCGGCUUCAAGGCAUGAUGAAGUGCACAUUGUCUGUGAUGUGUCGGCCCAGCCUAACGAUGUCAGUUUCAAGUGGAUGUUCAACAACUCGGCUACCAAACACGAGCUGUCAUCAUUUACAAGCUCAGGCGGACGGAGCGUGCUGUACUACACUGCGCGGAAGGAUACUGACUACGGAACGUUCCAGUGUCUCGCCAACAACUCCAUCGGAGCAAUGAAGACGCCCUGCUACUUUCAAAUCGUCCGUGCAGGUCCCCUGAGCAGUAUGUACAACUGCAUUGUCAGUAACGUGACGGACGCCGGCAUGCAAGUGGAUUGCCAGAGGCGCGCUUCCCUGGCCGCCGGCGUCAAUUCGGUGCCUCCCGACCUGGUGGCUGCGGAGGCUUCCACUUUCCGCCAGCGCAACUCCUUUCAGCUGGAAAUCCGAGACGCCCUACUGGACCGGCUCGUUUUCAACGCCACCUCCGAGGCACCGUCUUUCGCUGUUUCGAGCCUGUCGGCGGGUACCGAGUACGUGGUCGCCUUCUAUCUUGUCAACCAAAACGGCAAAUUUAAGCUCGUCCAGCUCAAGACAUCUACGCUCCUUGCUUCGGAGGAGAGACUGAGAUCGGGUGUCGAACAACAGAAGCCUUGCUGCGCACCUCUAGGACUGCUUAUAACAGCAGGUGUCGUUCUUGCUUUCCUCCUGGUCGUCAUUGCUCUUCUUAUAAAGUACAGAACAAGGUUAAAGCUAGGCAAAGGCUCGCUUAAGCCAGAAUCAAGGCCAACAACCGGCACAGAGGAAGGAAGUGAAAUGGUGGAAGUGAACCCAGAGUGCAAGUACGUCAUUCCCGCUGAUGGCCCCAAGCAUCUUUCGAGCUCAAAGGAAACCCCCCUAACAUACGUGUGA